AUGCGAGCUCCGUUUUCCCAGUCGACUGGUUUUCUAAGGAUGGAGUACAUGGUACACCUAUUGACCGGAAUAUUGUUUGUUGCUGUAUUCGGUUGCCUUUGUUACCUGAUAUGGUUUCGCAAGCUUAUCUGCCACGGAUGGUUAUCUCCGCUAGCGUGGAAGUUCACAUGCAUGAGAUCACAAUCCAAUAUGAGAAGCCCUGUUUCCACUAAGAAGGGAUGCAGUGUCAUCGUGGAGAAUGAGCCCCGAUUUUUCAACAGAACAUAUCCAAAACACUCUUAUGUUGAAACCUUCCACGUGAUCGCAAACCAGCUGGAUGGCCCCGGUUUGCGCGAGUGUGGUUCAAAUUUACUCUACACAGAACGGCAGGGAGAAUGCUUGGCAAUUACGCCUAUGGAAUUUCAAAUUAUACGCGGUCGUUCGACGCUCCCUACCAAAAAACCUAAUGACGAAAGGCGUAAGUUACAAGAGACCUACCAAGAAAGCACUGAGGAAAAAUUAACACAACAGACAUCCAACUCGUUCUCUUACACUGAUUUACUGAAGAAAAUGUCCUUAAUCAACCGCGAAGAAGACAGCUUUCAGUCCGCGAACAAACCUUACUUCAGUCGCAAUCAAGCUACCUCGCGGAGACUUCAGCGGCUUUCGCUGGCACACCAAAUGCUCUCGUUAAAUGAUCAAAGUUCCAAUACGACAGCAGCUUUAUCUCAACAGCUUGAUUAUCAACAUUCUACCAGGUUUCACACACAGGCCACGUGGAAUACGGAGAAACCGAGGGGUAUAAAUUACGCUAUGGGAUGUCAACAAGCGACGAGGCGAACUUCCUCUCCAGAAGUCCAACCUUACAAUAUCCCGCUUCUCCUUCCUUCAACUGCAAAAGAAAAAUGA